AUGACGGGCACUGCGGGUCUCGCUGGUGAUAGAGGACGUAGACGAGAAGCUGUCAGGACGGAUGACGAGCGGGAACCGCUGCUUGGACGGGCGGAGGAGCGGGAGGAGACGAAGAAGGCGACCCCUCUACCUCUGACCCAACUCCUCGUCCUCUCCCUCAUGCGCUUCGGCGAACCCGUCGCCUUCACGCUCAUCUUUCCCUUCGUCUCCCAAUUUAUCGAAGACCUGCACGUCACCGACGACCCGUCCAAGAUCGGCUACUACGCCGGAAUCAUCGAGUCGAUCUUUGCGUUCACGACGUUCUCGACGGUGUUGGCUUGGGGGAGGCUGUCGGAUCGGAUAGGUCGGAAACCUGUGCUCAUCAUCGGCUUGACGGGUGUGACGCUCUCCAUCGUCUCGUUCGGCCUCAGCAAGUCCUUCUGGAUGCUCGUGGUUUCUCGCUGUGUUGGCGGCAUGCUGAACGGGAACGUGGCGGUGAUCAAGUCUGUCGUGGGCGAGAUCACGGACGAGUCGAAUCAAGGUCGGGCCUUCUCCUUCCUCCCGCCUGCAUGGUCCAUAGGCUCCAUCAUUGGACCUCUACUGGGCGGCUACCUGUCCCACCCUGCCGACAACUUCCCCUCCCUCUUCGGCCACUCAACCUUCUUCCGCAACAACCCUUAUGCCCUCCCCUGCUUCGUCGGCGCGCUCUUCCCCUUCCUCGGCGCACUCGUCGGCCUCUUCUUCCUCGAAGAAUCGCUCAAGCCCGUCAAACCUGUCGCCCCUGUCGAAGGCGACCGAGAAUGGAGGAAGAGCGUGUCGAGACAUCAGCGCUUUGUUGCGGCAACUUCGACGACGUUGCCAGCUCCUCCAGGCCAGCUGAGGCGGUUUGAGGAGGACGAGGGGACGGACAGCGGAUAUAGCACGCCUGCGCGCGAGGCGAGCGCGUCUCGGUUGGCUGAGGGAGGUGUGAGUGCGGAGCAGGUGGCGAAUGAGGGAGCGGCAAUCAAGGCGAAGAAGCCGCCUGGCUUUCGCGAACUGUUCACGCCGCGAGUAUGGGCGUCGCUCGUCACCUACGCGCUCCUCGCGCUGGAGACGGUCGGCCUGGACGCCCUCUUCAUCCUUUUCUGCUACUCUUCCGUCAAGAUCGGCGGCCUAGGCUUCAAAGAAUCCGACAUCGGCUUCGCCCUCUCCCUCAACGGCCUCCUCUCCGUAGCCCUCCAAGUCCUCUUCUUCCCGCCGCUCCAAAAACGAUUCGGCACCGUCCGCCUCUACAGGACGUUCAUGAGCCUGUGGCCGGUCGUGUUUGCGCUCUUUCCGGUGAUGGGGUGGUGUGCGCGCGAGAGGGGACGUAGGGAAGUUUGGACCGUGAUGGUGGUCAUGUUGGCGCUCAAGUCGAUCGCCAACAUGUCGUAUGGCUGCAACAUGCUCAACAUAACCGACUCUGCGCCCUCCAAGCGCCUCCUAGGCACACUGAACGGCGUCGCCCAAAUGGUCGCGUCAUUGAUGCGCGCCCUAGGCCCCUUCACCGCCUCCUCCCUCUUCGCCUUCUCCGUCUCCCACCGCCUCUGGGGCGGGAACUUUGUCUUCGUCGUUAUGGUCCUCCUGGCGCUCGUAGGGGCGGGGAGUACGUUCGCGUUGCACGAGGGUGGGAGGGCGAGCGCGACAGAGGAAGAGGAGCAGAACUCGUAG